GCAAGGGACCAAACUCAUAGCCUCGCCGAUUGCGCAUAGAGAUUUCCAGAAGCCAGUUGAACGGGACCGUCGGAUUACUCAACCCUUGCCGAUCCGAACCUCCCCUGUAGCCCAAUGAUGUCAUAUCACCGUCGGCGAUAUUGAUGGUGGCGGGACUACGGAUUGGAGCCUCGUCGUCGCCUACGCAGCCGCAAGCAGUUUUUGCUGGAAGAAAAGCGAUGGCGUGAGAGGGAAUCGCCGUCGAAAGCUUUACUCUUCAUCCCCGUGGAUUGGUGAGAAGGGAGCUGCCCCUUUAAUUCUUUCCUCUUGCUCCUAGCUCUGUCUUGCUCACUCUCCCAUCGGCCGCCGUCGAGGAGUUUCUUUUCCGUCACUUUCACUAGUGGUGAAGUAUAGUGCAGCGACUAGCCAUAUUUGAGUCAAAUCUGCAACUUUUUAUCAGGGAAGGGAGCUUAUUGUUCUUGUCAAAUGGAGGAGCAAUUCAUACUUCGCGUUCCACCAUCAAUAGCUGAACGCAUAGAGCGCUUGUUGAAUGAAAACCCAUCCACUUCUGAAGAUGGUUGCUUGGAUCUGUCCUUCACAGAUGAUGGAAGGACUGGUACUUUUGCCAUUGGCAAUGAGACGUUUCCUGCCUCUCUCUUGGAUCUUCCAGGCGUUGUGGAGUCUUAUAAAACUUAUGAUGAUACAGUACUAAUCAAAACUGCUGAUAUUGGUCAGAUAAUCAUGGUGAGGGAAGAAGGUGAACCUUCUCCUGAAGGAAUAGAAUACAGGCAUGGUCUUACUCCUCCAAUGAGGGAUGCUCGUAGAAGACGGUUCCGUAGAGAACCAGAUGUCAAUCCAGAGCUGGUACAACGGGUUGAGAAAGAUCUUCUGAACAUUAUGUCUGGUGGGACAGUUGACAGAUCACAAGCAGAUGAUGCAAAUGUUGAGCGCAGGAAAACAGCUCAGGUUCCUGCGGUAAAACCAGAUGUUGUUCCUACUGAAACUGUGGGAGGAGGAGGACCAGAAAGGAGUGAUUCUGAUGAUUCAAUGGAAAAUGAGAAUUAGGCUUUGUUUGGGACGAGUUUCUUUCUGCUUCUUAAAGCAGCUUUUUAGUACAAAUUUUUUUUUUAUUUUUGUAUUAGAAAGAUGAUUUAUGAAGCAUUAAAAAAGCUGUCCCAAACGAAGCCUUAGGAAGCGAGCCUUUUCUGACGGUUGAUAUGGAUGUUGUGCGUGUAGACCAUGUAAUCUGCUUCCAUUUAUUGCUGGAUAUCAAAAGCAGCAGAAGUUAAACCCCCCCUUACAGGUUUGCACUGAACAAAGCCUGAAUUGUUUUCACAUCUAUAUUAUCAUCGGAUUUCAGUUAAGUUUAUAUUUGAACAACAUUUCAAUGAAUGAUUUAUUUCAGUGCCAUGGGCUGUAUAUGCCGCAUUGUUAUUUCAAUCGAAUGAAUAUGUUUCAAAACCCUA